UUAUCAACUUAUAUGCCACCUUUGCCUGGUACUGUACGUUUAAACUUUCCAGCAAUGCUAUAGCUACACCGGUCAAUAACCUGAGGUUCAGCAAUUUGUUCUAUAAUUUGUAUUUGACGUCUUUAAAGCAACACAGCCGACUGCAACGUAGUGUACUCGUCCCUUCGUUGGCAGACGGAUAUAUCAUCUACACCACAAGUUGGAACAUACCAGACAAGCUUUUUAAAUUAGUGCUAAGAUUAAAUCGGCCAUCGAUCCAUCAGGUCUGAUGAUAAGCAUUGUUACAAAACCUCUCUAUCAACGGGUUUAAAUUUCGCCUUGAGGUCAUGAAUCACAACUGUAAGCGAGCUAUCAAAAUCGGAUCUAAAAGACCGCUCCUUCUGUUGGGUCCAUUGAAAACGGCUAAAAAGUUGGGACACUCUUGGCUUGAACCAUCCGUUUCCUGUUUGGCAUCUUUGCUUGGUGCCUUCCAUGCUUUGUAUGUGCCCCUCGAAGUUCGUGAGUUUGACCGUCAGGAAGGCUCUACCUGCACAAAACCUAUUCAGUCACAAAAAGCUGAAGUCCUGGGUUGGUUUUCUGGGGCACACUACGCAGUAGACCACGAAAAACUUACUGGAUUAGCCUGGUGUUUGGAAGAGGGUUUACGAGUAGCACGUGAUAUAGGUGGAUCUGACCCAGAACGUAUGAGUGCAAAGAAUAUAGUGACGUACCUUCAGAAAGAAUUAACGGAACCCGUUCAGGUGACUGAUUGUCCUGUUGAUCGAGGGCUUUACCCUCUGGCAGCUAUAGUAGAUCGUGGAAAUAAUGAAAGACAUCGUGGUCACGUUGUACACUUAGAAUACAAUGGAUCUACAGAAUCACAAAUUGAUCCUCAGCAAUUAGUCAAUUUGUUUUUAGUUGGUAAAGGUGUUACCUAUGAUACAGGUGGCUCAGAUCUUAAAGUUGGAGGUAUUAUGGCUACGAUGCAUCGGGAUAAAUGUGGUGCAGCUGCUGUGGCCGGAUUUUUCAAAGUUUUAAACUUAUUGAAACCGAAAAACUUAAAGGUACAUGGUACUUUAGGUUUAGUUCGUAACAGCAUUGGGGAAAAUGCUUAUGUAAGUGAUGAAAUAGUAACUUCACGUGCUGGAGUACGGGUUCGCGUGAACAAUACUGAUGCUGAAGGUCGAAUGGUUAUGACUGAUUUAUUAUGUGAAGCUAAGGAGAAGGCAUUGAAAGUAUCAAAUCCACGACUACUGACAAUCGCUACUUUAACUGGUCAUGUUGGGUUAUGCUAUGGACUAGGAUAUACGGGUAUCGUUUGUAAUGGUCCGGCUAAAGAAUUUGGAGAAGAUUAUGACUAUCAGUUUGCUGGAUCAUUGUUAGGUGAAAUGCAUGAAAUAUCAACACUUCGACGUGAAGAUUAUGAUGCGCAUAAAACUGAUGAAGAAUAUGCUGAUUUAUUGAAUUCUGCUCGUCUUAUUGGUGGGAAGCGUAGCAGAGGGCAUCAGUCUCCAGUCGCAUUUAUGAUUAUUGCAUCUGGUUUGGACUCCCAUUUGAAAAAUACUGAGAAACCUUUGGCGUACACGCAUAUGGAUAUUGCUUCAAGUAAUGGUCCUUGUCCUGGCAUUCCAACUGGUACGCCUAUUUUAACACUAGCAUCGCGUUACAUUCUCCCAGAACUGAUGAAAUGGCCUAAUAGAAAGGCCUGAAAGUGGACAAAUUGUCAACGUUUUUAUUGAGUUAAAUGUUGAUAUGAAUGAUUUUCAAGAUAGUAGGAACUUGUUCUCAAGUUGAGUAAUAAUUAUGAUUCACAGCUGAUAUAACAAUGUACUUUAUAAUAAUUGUUACUUUAUGGCCUUUUUAAAUUUUGGUACUCGUGUAUUACAUCAUUUAGUAGGAACUUGUUGUCAAGUCGGGUAAUAAUUUUGAUUCACAGCUGAUAUAACAAUGUACUUUAUAAUAAUUGUUACUUAUGGCCUUUUUAAAUUUUAGUAAUCAUGUAUUACAUCAUUUACACCUUUAAUCAAACUGUCUUAAAUGGAUUUUUUUAAAGGUUCAAUGAUUUGUCUUCAUUAUCACGUUCUUGGAUUGUUGUACCGUACUACUCGUAGUUAAACAGUUGUCUUAAUUUCUAAGGCGUUUUUCUUUCAACCAAUUACUCUCAGGUUUUUAUCUCCGUUGAUAACAAGGAGUACAUAACUAAGUGUGUAUCAGCAUUCCGGGUAGCUAACUUUUUGAAAUGAUGUUUUUCGCUGCAAAAUUUUCGGUUGUUUAAAUACUUUUGGUGUUCAGAAAAUUUGUUCGGAAACUCUACAAGUCCCAGAUUUUCAUUUAAAAUCGGUUACUUACAGGAAGUUUACUGUUUGCAGAUCUGAUCAAAUAAUCGUAUUUGCUCAUUUCUACUCUAUUAUGACAGUCUACGACUGUCAUAAAACAUUGUUUCAUCGUUGUUAGAUUCCUGAUUGUAACUCUUAGAUAACCAUUAGAUAGAAUCUUUGCAAGGUAAUGUACUUGAUCUGAUUAUAUAUUGAUUACUUGUUUCGGUGAUAUCAAGCACAACACUGAUUAAUAAUUGAUGAAAUAAAGGUGGCGUUAAUUUUGUCACAGAUUUCAAAAAUUAAGUAACAAACGGGAAAUCAAC